AUGUCAGAAAAAUAUGACAAAGAUGGAGACAGAAGUUUAACUCGUAGUGAAGUUAUUGAAUACUUUAAGGAAAAUAAGGUUAAGAACCCAAAUAUAAACGCUGCAAUGAUCUUUAAAUGUUUAGAUGUCAAUAGAGGUAAUAACAUAAUAUAUUUAUUUACAAUUUAA